AUUCUGUCCAAGGAAACAUGUCGGUGAUCGGGAUUGACUUCGGGAACGUCGAAUGCGUUGUCGCUCAAGCCAAGCGCGGCGGCAUUGACAUUAUCCUCAAUGAGAACUCCAACCGAAAGAACCCGAACAUGGUCUGCAUGGCGGGCAAGCAACGCUACAUUGGGGAAGCCGCCGUGAGCAUGGCGCGCACUAACUACAAGAACACGGCAACGGAUGUUAAGCGUUUGAUCGGCCGUAAGUUUUCUGCCCCAGAUGUCCAAGAAGAAAUCAAGAACUACGGCUUCAAGUGCGUCGAAUUGCCGUCGGGCCAAGUUGGCAUCGUUCUCAACUACAACGACAACCCAGUGACAUACACGUGCGAACAAGUCGUUGCCAUGAUGUUGAACAAGUUGCAAAACAUUGCUGCCGUUGCAAACGAAAAUGUGCGACCUGCCUACGGUGUUCUGUCUUGCCCUGGGUACUUCACCGAUGUGCAACGCCGUGCGAUGCUGAACGCAUCCAAGAUCGCUGGGCUCAACUGCCUCCGCUUGAUGAACGAACACACGGCCGUUGCCCUCGGCUACGGUAUUUACAAGUCGGUCCGCAACUUGUUCCACGAAACCAACCCCGAACACGUCAUGUUUAUUGACAUGGGUCACUCUGGCUACACCGUGUCGAUCGUGAACUUUGUCCAAGGCAAGUUGCAAGUCAAAGCCGUCGCGUACGACCGAUUCCUCGGUGGUCGCAACUUCGACUUUGCUUUGGCCAAGGAUGUCGCUGAAAAGUUUGAAGCGAAGCACAAGAAAAACCCGUUGGCGGACGCCAAGUCUCGCCUGAAGCUGUUGUCGGCCUGUGAAAAGACGAAGAAGAACCUCAGUCCCCAAGGUGUGACGUCCUCUGCACUUAACAUUGAAUGCCUCGUCGACGAAAUCGACUAUGCGUCCAAGGUGAGCCUGGAGGAAUUCGAAACUCUCAUCGCUCCGCUCCUCGAACGCUUGGAAGCUCCGAUUCAGUCGGCGUUGGCGGACGCUGGCCUCACUGCCGACAAGUUGAGCUGCGUCGAAAUCGUCGGUGGUGGUGUGCGUGUCGCGUCGGUCAAGCGCCGCCUCGCCGACAUUCUCGGUCUCGACAAGGAAAAGCCCAACAUGGGCUUGAGCACGACGUUGAACGCCGACGAAGCUGUUGCACGCGGCUGUGCUUUGCAGUGCGCCAUUUUGUCGCCCUUGUUUAAGGUCAAGGACUUUUCGAUUUCGGACAUCAACAAUUACCCGAUUCGCGUGUCGUGGGAAGGUGCAACGUCGUCGGAAGACGAUACGCACGAAGACGAAACGGAUGGACCUGCAGCUGCCCAACCUACUGCCAACGCCGACUCGAUCUUGAUCUUGACCCGCAAGGAUGAUUUUCCCACGACGAAGCGCAUCUCGUUUCGCCGAUCGGACCCUUUGGUCGUGGACGCCCACUACGACGAGACAGCCACGCCGUUUUUGCCCCCUAGCCCGUACACAAACUUGGGCAAGUUUACCAUCUCGGGCAUGUGUGCUGACGAAAAUGGCGAAGCGCCUCGCAUCCGUGUGAACGUGCGCCAAGAUAUUCACGGGUUGUUUGAAGUCGCUUCGGGCCAAAUGAUGGUGGAAAUCAAGGAAGAUGAAACCAAGGAGGUCGAAGCCAAAGAAGGCGAAGAGAAGAAGGCGGAAGAAGGCCCGAAGAAGAAGCGCUUCCGCAAGGUCGAACUCAAGGUUGAAUCGCAAGUGAACGGCUUGUCGUCGUCGGAAGUGACCCGCGCGUCCGAAGAUGAGUUGGCCAUGGCCCAACAAGACCGCGUGAUCGAAGAAACUGCAAACAAGCGCAACGAACUCGAAACCUUUGUCUAUGACAUGCGCAACCACUUGGGCGAAAAAUACAGCGAAUUUGUCUCGACCGCGGACCGCGAAUCGUUUGAAGCCAAGUUGAACGACAUGGAAGACUGGCUGUACUCGGACGAAGGCUUUGACUCGACCAAGUCGGUGUACCAAGCCAAAUUGGAUGAAUUGCGUGUCGUGUCCAAGCCGAUUGAUGCCCGAUACCAAGAACACCAGAACCGCCCCGACGCCCAGGCGAAGUUGCAGGCGUUGAUUGAGGAGUACAAGAAGCUCGCCAAUUCGACCGACGAAAAGUAUUCGCACUGGACGGACGAAGACUCUGCCAAGGUCCGGGAUGCCGCGACGAAUGCUGAAACGUGGUUGUUUGACCAAUUGAAUGCCCAAGCGAACGUCCCGUUGACCGCGGCGCCCGUCGUGACGGUGGCUCAGAUCGAAGCCAAGCUCGAGGAAACUCGUGCUCUGGCGACCCCGAUCAUCAACAAGCCGAAGCCUUUGCCCAAGGUUGAACCCCCGGCUGCUCCCGCGACGUCGACCACGACCGAGGAAGACACGAAGGAAGGCGACAAGAUGGACUUAGAUUAAUGGACGCCUCAGCCAUGCAACUGUUAGGACUUACAACAACUCAAGAAAAACGAAUCCAAUUGCGCGUAUGUGACUUCGACUCUUUCGAGACGCGCGCCGUGCAAAGAACAGGUCUUCAGCAUGGACGACCAAAAAGACUUGCUGGGGGAGGCAAUGAUGUGUGCGAACGACAGAACGAAAUUGAAAGCCACGGCAUGAAAAGCGCGUUAGUCGCCAGCUAGAAGGGGUGAAGCUCAAAGCUUGGACGAAGGAGCGGCGGCGACGGCCUUGGCGAGGGAGGCAGCCAUCUUCUCCAACGCCCAGCGAGGCAUUUCCGCGGUCACGGGGAGGUACACGAGGUUCUGCAUCACCUUUUUCGAGAUGACGGGGUCGUACGAUCGAUCCGUGGGACUACAGAGCGAUCCAUUCCACAUGCAGACGAGAUUGCAAGACGGUCUUACUGGGGCACAAACGCCAGUUGGGUCGCGCCGGCGGUCACGUCAAAGCCAUCUUGAAUCAUGGCGGCCGCAACUUGGCGGGGGUUGGGCACGAGGACCGGGAAGAGCCAGUAGUAGUGGUUUUUUGCAUGCACGCCCGGCACCGACGUUUGCGGGAUGUUGCGAAUGAGUUGCUCGAGCUCUUCGCUUUUGCUCCUGCAUCCAUCAUGUGAAAAC